AUGAGUUCUCCGCGGGGCUACGAGGAACAGGAGGCGAUCCCUCGCAGCAGGACGCCUGCUUCAAACUCCGAAGUGAUCGCCGAAGACCUGAGACAAUUCACUCGCUCUCCCCAUCCCUACCACCGCAGCAACAACAGACGUCUCGGCUCGCGCACACCCUCCGAACACGGCGACCGCCUCCAGCCGCUAUCCGCAUACUCGAAAUCAUCGCGGACACCGAGCGACAGUGGCACCGAGGCGGAUGAUGAGAGUACCGGUAUCCUUAGAGGUCUGCCGGCACCGCCUGUUCGGCCGCGCAAGGGGUUGCGCUCUGGCGCGAAUGGGUCGCUUGAUACCGAUGCUUGGCUGCCUACGUUACAGCCGUGGCCGUCAUUUGUGCGCCAGACGUUGCGUGCGUCGAGACGGAGCUCGUCUGAAGAGACGGAGGAUAGAUUUGCGGAGGGGAAACAUAUGCGUCGGCAGAGGAGGGUUGAGAUCUUGCGGCGACUGAUGGAGACGGCGCUUUUGUUGUCUGUUGGGGCUGUCGUCUUGGUGCAAGAAGAUGCUCGUUCAAUUGCUUGGGCUUGGAGGAAAGAGCUUGCCGCUCAUGGCUUUACGCUCAUCAGUCUAUAUGCUGCUUACCCCGUUCUGCUCCGAGCGUCGAGGGGCCGAAGGUGGCGCAUAUGGCCCUCCAAAUCUAAACGUCCGUUUUUCUCUAUACCCGCGAGUUUUGAUCCCGCACCGCUGCUCUAUCCGAUCUUGAUCCCGGUUUUCGUCUCGCUAUCUUUGACAAACCAUCUUCCGACCUUGCUCAUACCCAACCUCGUUCUGAGUCUUGCAUCACUUCCGGCUUCUGUCAUCCCUCUGCAGAGCUGGGUCAAUGGCUUCAGUGUGACGCAUUGGAUGGUGACUCUGGUGCCAGUAGUCGCCUCGGAAUAUCUCUCCUUCGAUAAUACAGUUCCCAAGCCGCUGUCGCUCCGGGGGCACGAUGCGGAAUCGUUGAUUCUUCUUUUUCCUUUACAUCAAGCGUUGAUACCCACUUUAGACUUUUUGUUGACCACUAGCAUUCUCCCCGCGGAAUUGCAGCUUUUGACGACAGCGCUAACCAAUUUGUACUUGUUUGCGGCCUCUCCUCAGGCGGAGAUUCUCAAGGCCUUGCUAUGGCUCGGUGGGAUGUGCUUAUUUGCGGCCUGUCGGCACAUCCUUCGUUGGGAGGUGGCUUUGGCUCGGAUUCCUAGUUGGAAGUUCCGCCGUUCACUGAGCGGUUCGCUCUCUCCGCGGAAAUUCUUUAAUAUGAUGGACCACCGGUUGUGUCAGAAGCUCAGUCGGGCUGGGGUCUCGGAUGAACCCACGUCUGACAGCGAUGGACCUGGUGGAGUACUUCGACCUCGCAAGUCGAAGACAAUGCGGGAUUCUCGAGAUCCCGUCUCGGCCAUUGAUAAUAUGACCGCCGAGCAAGCCUUUGAACAGCAUGCUUAUGCCCAAAACCGGCGACGACGACAUACUAUUUCGACGUUUGAGGAGGCGGUUCAAGAGGAACUUGUGCGCACUACUCCUGGUGGUCGCCGUAAGAAAAUGAUGGGACCUGGUCUUGCCUCAUUUUUGUCCAUGACUGCAGCCCAAGCUCAGGUCCGCAAAUGGCUGUAUGCGAUCUAUGUCUACGCGAUCUCUCUGGCAAUCAUCUUGGGGCCCAUCCGGAAGUACAUUGCCGACCGAGCUCUCCAAGGCCAGGAUCCAUUCGGAUGGGCCGUGGGGUACCUUUUGGGUAAUCUAUCAGGGGUCCGAUUCUGGGUGCUCAUGCUGAACCUCGAGUAUUGGAUCCAAUUACCCGCGCGGCCUGACGCGUCUUUCCAAGACCCAUCGUGCUGGCUGGGCUGGGUUGAGCAUAUCCGCCAGACAGACUUCGGGCCUGCCAAUACCCGCCUUCUGAUGGGCGCAUACUGCAUCCUGGUUCUAGUGACUGGGCUGGCAAUCGUGUUUCAGCUCAGUUCCAUAGCCGAGGUGGACACGCGGCGCAAGGUGUUCCAUGGCAUGAUGGUGCUAAUGUUCCUACCCACCGUUUUCGUGGACCCGGCAUUCUGUGCGCUGGCGCUGGCCCUGGUCCUCUCGGUCUUUUUGCUUCUGGAUCUCUUCCGUGCAUCUCAGCUCCCACCAAUCUCACGCCCCUUGACCUACUUCCUGGCCCCGUAUGUAGACGGGCGGGAUCACCGCGGGCCGGUCAUCAUUUCACACAUUUUCCUACUGAUCGGCUGCUCAAUUCCCCUAUGGCUAUCUCUAUCCGAUCUCGAUCGCACCGGUGAAGGACCCUGGACAGGCUGGGAGGUACCCACCCGGGAUGUCAGCAUGGUGAGCGGUAUUAUCUGUGUCGGCAUGGGCGACGCCGCAGCCUCCCUCAUCGGCCGUCGAUACGGCCGCCUGAAAUGGUUCUGGGGCGGGGGCAAGUCGCUUGAAGGCAGCGUGGCUUUCGCCGUGGCCGUGACUUGCGGUUUACUUGCCGUACGUGCCUGGCUGAUAGUAGGAGGGUGGGCCGUGACAGGGACCGAAUCAGCCGGAGUGGAGGCCUCCACCGUUCGCUUUUGGUUCUGGACGGGCUGCAAGGCCGUAUUAGCGGCUAGCGGGACUAGCGCGACCGAGGCGAUCCUCACUGGCUGUAAUGAUAACGUUGUCGUGCCGGUUGUGUUGUGGUUGUUAGUGCGGGGUCUGGGCGUUUGA